UAUACCAGAUAGGUAAGAAAUCGACAAGUUUGAUGUGUCAGUCUUUAGAAAAAAUUGAUAAAUUUGUGCAGGUAAAUGUUGUUGGUUAUGCUGUAUUAAUUUGAAUAUUGUACUUGCUAAUAAUUACUUCAGCCAUAAUUUGGCCGAAGAACUCAGCAUUGAACUUCAUGGUGCUGAUGAGCAGGAAGACCCACGAUUUACAGUGACCAUAGUCGAAGACCAACAGAGGAGAAAGAAGCGAUCCGUGCGUUAUGCCGCGUUUAUCGUUCCUCAAGGCAGAGAAUCCGAAUGGUUGUUUUCUACGGAGAAAGGCCGUCAAAAGCUAUGCUCACUCUCAAAUGCCAAGCGCCUGGCGGUUGUCUUCUUGCAUCGAGACCACAGUUUUGGUUCUUUGAAUGAUGUUCGCACUGAGCUGAAUUCGGUCAUCAAAGAUUUUGCUCCAUGCGACUGCUUCGAUCAGAUUCCUUUCUGGUCCAUUGGGGAAAAUGUUGGGGAACGGAUUUAUCGUACAACCGCUUUUUCUGGAGAAUACGUGGUCGAGGACGUAAGUACCGAUGAUCGCAGAGUACGGAAGCUGAUAUUUCUGAAGAGCCAGAACGUCAUUCAGUCCGAAGCGUUUCUCGAUGCGGAUGGCAUUUGUGUUGACAGCAGCCGUUUGACGUCAGUGUACCAUCAGCUGAUGACCCGUGGGAUUGUGCUAGCGAACUGUCCAACCAAUUCUGAGUUCAGCGUGUGCGUGAUUGGUCUCGGUGGUGGAUGUCUGCCAUCUUUCCUCAACCGCAAAUUCCUUGAGAUCCGCAUCGUCUGCAUAGAACUCGAUCCGGUAGUUGUGGAGAUCGCUAACUCAUGGUUCGCAUUCACGCCUAACUGGCGAAUGGAAUCGCUUGUGGACGAUGGUGUUCGUUAUAUUGAUCAAGCCUUCAAAGAAAGGACAAGGUUCAACGUGAUGAUCCUCGAUGUUUCCUCUGAUAUUCACAAAGAAGGACUUGUCGCUCCCAUACCCGAACUGAUCACAGACGAUUGUUUGAAUAAAAUAAAAACCAUCGUUGGCCCCAAAGGUCUGUUGGUAAUGAACCUUGUAACAAGAGACGAGACGAAAGCUGAGGAUGUCAAACAACUCCUCAGAGCUCAUUUCUCUUGCGUUGGUGGCAUAAAAAUUGAAGAACAAGUGAAUGAGGUCUUGUUUUGCUUUCCCCUUAUGUCAAAGACAGAAGUUGUCUCCUGCAGACAGACGUUUCUUGAUGAACUGUCGAGUUUGGAAGUUCUCUGUUUUAUCAUAAUCACAUUAAUUGUGAAGUGUUCGCAUUGCUGA